ACAAAUGCUCCAUCAUUAAACUAUGGCAAGUUUAACGUAUUAAAGUAUUAUCGUAUAUCAAUGGGAAGCUGGAGGAAGUCUACUAACUUGGAAUCUGUUAGCAUUGGAACAGAUGCAAUUUGUUUUUACUUUGAGACCAAGUUGUUCGAGAUGUUUCAUUGGUCAUAUUUUUACUUUGUUUGGCCUAAUUUAACCUGAAAGGCUGCCAGCUCGAGUUACCUGCGUGAAGGUGACACCCGCAGCUCUCGAUCCCACGGUGUGAAACCGAUACGGCUUGUGGAGAAGUCCACUGUUACACUAAAUAAGGCAACCUUGCCCUGAUCCUUGCUCAUCGACGAAAGAACCCAAUUCUUCACCAGCUUUGUUUAAGGCAAACUGGAUAGGAAGGAUCUAUCACUACAGGAGGAUCGUCCAGCUUUCUAUCCGUUACCUUUGGUCAGGUUAUCUGGCGCAAACUUGUCAUGACUGUAAGGCAUCUCUCGGUGGAUUACAACAAGGUGAACGAACGAGGCGUCUUCUCCCCCGGUGACACCCUCUCUGGAAGGGUGACCGUGGUGACCAGCGGGGAAACCAAAGUGCAGUGUUUUUUGGUCAAAGCCAAAGGAAAAGCUAAAGUGAAAUGGCACGAACAAGACGGACGAGCCGAAGGAAUGCACGUGGACAGGAGGAAAUACUUUUAUUUUGAGCAUAUUAUUAUUCAGGACAAAAACAAAGGGGAUGGUUCAGAAGUCAUCCGCUCUGGGAGGCAUGCGUAUCCAUUCACCUUUGUGAUACCAAACACAGACAUGCCUUCAUCUUACGAGGGGAAAUGGGGCAAGAUAACAUACAGUUUAAAAGCACAGUUGACUCAGUCGAUCUGGCUCGUCCACAAAACCAAGACCAGGUUUCCUUUUCUCACCAAGUCUGAGUUCCCCUUCGCCUCCAAAUCAGAAAUGAUAAUCAUCGGACUAAAGGAACAACAGAGUGUGACUAGAAUUUCAUUUUACGGCUCUGCCAAGGUUGCUCUGAAUGUUUCCUCCGAAAAACUGGGAGUAAAGCAAGGCGAAGCAAUGGGCGUCUCUGUGCAGGUACUCAACCACUCUGCACACACAGUAACACCCAAAUUCUACCUGUGUGAAAAGCAGACCUUCGCCGCCGACUCGAAGAGGAUUGUGCACACAAAUGAAACCCUCUUUGGGACAGGGGACCCUAUUGCAGCUCAAACCUGUCAGACCAAAACCAAAGUCCUGAGCAUACCCACGCAACUCCACCCAACCUUCUUCAACUGCUGCAUGAUGAAGCUUGAGUACAGACUCAAGGUCGUUCUUGAUGGGCCACGAGACUCAGAAAUCAAACUUCCCCUGGUCAUCCUGCAGGACUCGCCUCAACUGCAUACGCAAAAACCAAAGAGAUCCAUCUGGUUUCACAACCUUCCUGGUUAAAUACAUUCAUUAGAUCACGAGGCAGAUGUGCGUGCGUUUCAUGAGGAACGUGCAGAAAAUAAUAACACAGAAUAACUGUUUAACGUUGCUCAAGCAAUGGAGGUGGUUCGAACUCAGUUAAAUGAGUUCGAACCACCUCCAUUGCUUGAUAAUAAAUAGUUGUUUACUCUCUUGUCCACUAGAUGGAGAUGUGUGACACAAAGUAAUAAAUUAUUCAUUUUAGUAUUUGAAAGAAAUAUAUAUUUCUGCAAUACAAAUCUGUAAAACCUAUAAAUUGUACUGAUGUGUACUUGAGUAAAUGUAUUUAUGUACCCUCUGCAACUGGAGUAGCCUACACGGUAGUUAAAGUGAAAACAGACACUAAGAUACUAAUUGAUUUGAUGUGAAUAAUUUAGAUUUAAGAACUCAUUUGUUGUCCCAAUCCUGUUGUUGACGUGUCAGUCAGAGAGAAUUAGAUGCUGGAGGGGUUUCAUCUCAUCUUUGGCCAUGGACUAAUAGAGGAAAGAAACAAAGGCACAUUUACGAUUCUAACAGUACAUGUGUUACCCAACCGGCCGUCCUUAAGUGAAACCAGGCCCAUGUUCUUGACAGAGACUCAGAGAUCUUUUCCUGCCCAGGAGGGGAAACAUGUUGGGAACUGAGCAUUUCAUGGUUGGGAUCCAUCCUGGAAACAUUAGAUCUGGCUAUUGUGACACCACAUGCUCGCAGCACUCCCACCUGCCCAGAGGGAGAGAGGGAGAGAGGGAGAGAGACAGAGACGGGGCAGUGUUCGGUUCCUCCGCACAAAGAGGUCUUCACAAUCUCACGUCUAGCCCACAAAGCAGCAAUUAGCGCCUUUAUUUUUAUUACAAAAGCACAAGAGCAUCCACCAAACACAGGCGUCACAUUCUUCUGUUCAGGUGCACAUGUUCUCUGCGCUGCUGGUGUACGAUUGAAAAAUGAUGCAGAUAUUUCAACUCACAUUUGCUGCAUGUGACUUGUUUUGUGUUACUGGAGCCUGUUAACAUGUAUUAAUAUUUGAGUGG